AUGUCUCGUCGUGGGGCGGUUGACGUUUUCAAGUGGUGGACAUUCAUGGCUACUGACGUUAUUGGGGAACUGGGCUUUGGCCAGUCAUUUCAGACGUUGGAACACGGCGAGAAAACCCAAUAUGUGAAAAACUUGGAGAAUGUGUCUUCGUUCAUGGCAAUCAGAGUUAUAUUUCCAACACUAAUAGCAUAUUCCGCUUUGUUACCCAUUCCACUGUUCAAACGAGUACAGGAAGCUGGUCGUCGUAUGGCACAAUAUGCCCACCAGGCUAUUCGAAACUAUCAGUCUGUGAUUGAGAAGAAUCCAGAUAAUCCCAAAAAGACCCUUUUCACAAAAAUGUUCAACGGAGGUCCAGAAGGACUCGAGUUUCAAGAGAUCAUUCCCGAGGCAGGUGGAUAUAUUGUGGCGGGAAGUGAUACGACAGCAAUUACCCUAACAUACCUUGUUUGGGCUGUAUGUCGCAAGCCACUGAUUAGAGACAAACUAGUCGCUGAAGUCAGCGCAUUGCCGCCAGAUGUCACCCAGGACUCUGUUCGUGAUCUGCCUUACCUGAACCAAGUCAUACAGGAGGCUCUGCGUAUACACUCUGCUGUUCCCAGUGCUCUUCCACGAGCCGCACCUCCUGAAGGCGCAAGCCUGGCCGGAUAUAGGAUUCCCGGAGGUGUUACGGUAUCCACACAGGCAUAUACGUUACACCGCAACCCUGAUGUGUUUCCCAAUCCUCAUAUGUGA